GUGGUGGACCCUACAGUCAUUGUAAAAGGGAACAAGAUUUACGUUCUUGUGGCAAGAUACAACAAGUCGACCAAUAACUGGAAUCAGCACCCCGAUGGCAAGGAUUGGGAGCCUGUGCUUUCUGUUGGUGAGGUUAAGAAGACAAACAUCAAUGGUAAGGUGAACGCAACGAUUACAUGGACCGAUCCUGUCUCACUAAAAUCUAUUUUCCCCAAAGAGAUUGAAGGAGGGCCAUUAAAAGAAUUCCUUGGCGGUGUAGGGGUUUCUAUUGUAACAACGAACGGUACUCUUGUGUUCCCAGUCCAGGCAAUGAGUUCAAUUAGGAGGACCACUGCAAUG